UUUACUCCGGGGGGCCGAUGAAAUUGGCCUGCGGAAGCCUGUGAAAGCCGAAUUUGGGGGAGGCAUGCGCAGCUUCUCCUGUGAGGAAGAUUACAUCUAUGAGAACAUUGAGAAUGAGCUGUAUUUUUUCACUUCUCAGGAACGCCAGAACAUUAUCAGGUAUUGGCUGGAGAAUCUGCGAGCCAAGCAAGGGGAGAUGCUGCACAACGUCCAUUUCUUGGAAGGGCAGCCGAUCAUCCCUGAACUGGCUGCUCGCGGGAUCCUCCAGCAAGUCUUUCCCAUCCAUGAGCAACGGAUCCUUAACCGGCUGAUGAAGUCGUGGGUACAAGCCAUUUGUGAACCACAGCCUUUGGAUGAAAUCUGUGACUAUUUUGGUGUAAAGAUUGCCAUGUAUUUUGCCUGGCUGGGCUUCUACACGUCAGCCAUGGUGUACCCGGCUGUAUUCGGUUCGCUCCUCUACACCUUCACUGAAAAUGAUCAG